CCGGAGCUGCGUCAGUGUUGGCGGAGCAGCGGGAGAGGACGGGGUGAAGCGCGACUCUCAUCACACUCCCUCUCAUUUGACUCUCCCAGCGGCGGGUCGCGGAGGAGGCGGCCGGCGGUUCUGUGGUGCGCAAGAAUCUGAGAACACUGAGACACAGAGAAAGACGGAGAGCAAAAAUUAUCAACACCUUUAUUAAUUCUCCUUUGCCCCCUCUUCCUUCUCCCUCUCCUCCUCUUCCUCGUUUUUCUUCUUAUCCUUCACAUUCUCCUCCACUUCCUUCUCCAUGAUCUUCCACCUCGCUUCCUCCAUCUCUUCCUCUUCCUCCUCCUCCUCCUCCUCCUCCUCCCUCUUUUUGAACAAUCGCUCAUUCAAUUCGCCCUAAGAACUUGAUUUCUUUUUAUUCAACUUACGUACGUGGAAGAGAAAAAAAGGACGAAGAAAGAGGAGGCAGGAGGAGUAAAAGUAGGAUAAGAAGGAGGAGGAGGAAGGACAGCUAGGAGGAAUGAGCGCAGGAUAAAAAAAAUAAUAGAACGCGACAAAUAACUACUGACGAAAGAGAAAAGACCCGAAGAAAAGUAAAGAAAGUUAUGAAGAUUUCAAGUUGUUCAUGGAUUCCUCUUCACUGUGAUUACUGAGAUGCCAAGCAUGAGUGACACAGGCAGCGAGGCGGUGGCGGGCGUGGGCCGUCUGUCUGCCCUCCUGCUGCUGCUACUGACGUUACUAUGCAGCCCCGUCAGCGCCAACUUCAGGGAGCGGGAGAAGCAGAUCAUCGACGAAAUCAUUGGACCGGCAAAUUACGAUAAGAGAAUUCGUCCAGCGGGAGCCAACGACACCGGUCCCGCUGUGGUGCACAUCAACAUCAUGAUCAGGAACGUGCAGACCAUCUCCGACGUGAAGAUGGAGUACAGCAUUCAGAUCACCUUCAGAGAGCAGUGGAAGGACCAGAGACUGACCUUCGACAAUAUGCAAGGCCGCAUCCAGUACCUUACCCUGACCGAAACGGAGAUGGUGUGGAUGCCCGAUCUCUUCUUCAAGAACGAGAAGGAGGGACACUUCCACAACAUCAUUCUGCCCAACCUGUACAUUCGCAUCUACCCUGACGGCGGCGUUCUCUACAGCAUCCGGAUCUCUCUCACCCUCUCCUGCCCGAUGAACCUCAAGUUGUUCCCGCUCGACCGUCAGCAGUGUCAGCUCCUCAUGGCCUCCUACGGGUGGACCACGGAGGACCUAGUGUUCUUGUGGAAGGAUGUGGAACCCGUCCAGGUGACCAAGAACCUCCACCUGCCUCGCUUCACCCUCGAGAAGUUCAUCACGGACUAUUGCAACAGCAAGACCAACACUGGUGAAUACAGUUGUCUGCGGGUAGACCUGGUCUUCAAGCGCGAGUUCUCGUACUACCUGAUCCAGUACUACAUCCCGUGCUGCAUGCUGGUGAUCGUGUCCUGGGUGUCCUUCUGGCUGGACCAGAACGCCGUGCCUGCGAGGGUCUCGCUGGGGGUCACCACCCUCCUGACGAUGUCCACGCAGACCUCCAGUAUAAACAAUACUCUGCCACCGGUGUCCUACACCAAGGCCAUCGACGUGUGGACGGGCGUGUGCCUCACCUUUGUGUUUGGUGCGUUGCUUGAGUUCGCUCUCGUCAACUACGCGUCCCGUUCCGACAAGCACCGCGAGAAGCUCAAAGAAAAGCUGAAGGAGCAGAAAAAGCAGUGGGAGAUGGAGCACGCGGCGGCGCUGGAAGCGGCACUGCAGGAGGCCGGCGAGGACGGCCACACCUUCGGCAUGAGAGUUUCCGUCUUGCCCCGCCAGCCGGCUCCGCCCCCGCGACCCCGGCGGCUGAUGGACCUCCUGGUGGCCAAGACGAAGCCCCUCGUGUCACGCCACAAUGGCGGUAUGGGUGGGGACAAAUCGCGGCCGUGCGAGAUCCACCUGGCAGCACCACGUCAGAACUGUUGUCGCACCUGGCUCUCCAAGUUUCCGACGCGCAGCAAGCGGAUCGACGUCAUCUCCCGCAUCACCUUCCCCAUCGUGUUCGCCUUCUUCAACAUGGCCUACUGGAGCACCUACCUCUUCACCGAGGAGGAGGAGGACGGACCCAAGUAGGUAGCAUGGCGUUAUGACGCAGGGAAGGAAAUGCCAAAAUUGGUGAUGCUGAAGGGCGGAGACGUGAAAAGCGAAGGGCAAGGAGAAGGGAUUGAGGUAGGCGAUGAAUAUGAUGCAGUACGCAGAAAGAAAGUGACAGACGUUGAUGGAAGAGGAACUUCAAAGACGGAGACGAAGCAACGUUGCAAGUGAAGAGGAGAUUUGCACCUGAAGAUGACUCAGAAGGCGUUCGGUGUGAGCAGAGUGAAAGUAAGUACACAAAUUCGAAUUCAAGCAGUGAAAUUAAAAUUACGGAGAUAUUUAUUGAAAAAAACAAUUGCAAUGAAAAAAAAAAAAAAAAAAAAAAAAAAAGCCCAUUUCCUCGAGACGCGAGUAUCAAGUCAGCAGUGUAGCCAAUGAAGGCAGCACAUCGACCACGUGUUGACUUGAGUUGACGUGGUCAUGUUACAGAAAAGCCAGAUUUAAUUAUACCAACUUUUUUUCCUUGACUAAUAUAUGAUGCCACACAGUUUUGGUACAUCGUUUUCUGUUGGUGUUGUUCAGAGUGAUACCACUGAAGAAAAUGAAGUGUGGGAAACAUUUUCUGACGUCACACUUGAAUCUUUGUGUCGUCACAGGUCAAUAUUGUCUUUCGUUACUGUUGUCAGUCGUAACUAUAGUAAUAUUAUAAUGGUGAUGGUGAUGCAGUUUGUAACAAUGAUGCCAAUAAUAAUAAUAAUAAUAAUAAUAAUAAUAAUAAUAAUAAUAAUAAUAAUAAUAAUAAUAAUAAUAAUAAUAAUAAUAAUAAUAAUAAUAAUAACAAUAAUAAUAACGAUAAUGAUAUCACUAAAGAAAAAAACAAAUUUCAAAGCAAUAAUAGUGCAUAACCGUUAUUAUAAACGUAGCUUAAGACUAGAUUAUUAUUAUUAUUAUUAUUAUUAUUAUUAUUAUCAUUACUUUUAUCGUAAUCACUAUUACUAUCUACGUUACUGCCAUCGUCACCAUCAUCACCAUCAGUACUAGUCAGCGUGAUGAGCAGCGCCAGCGUCUUUAGCGUUGAUCACCACAGUUAUAAUACGCAUACUCUUCUCUUGACACGUCGAACAAUAAACGAAGAUGCAUAACACUUCUAGUUCUCUCUAUACUACAUACGUUUUCUGCCUAAUCUACUAUCUAUACCAUUCCAUGCAUAAUUUUUUUCCUGUUUCAAAACUCGUUAUUUAUACUACUACUACUACUACUACUACUACUACUCCUACUUAUAUUACUAAAGUAUUUCAUUCAUUUACUUCACUUUUCCUUCCGCCAUCCUAUGCAUUCUCAACAUAUCCAUUUAUAACAAAAUUUUGUCCAUUUUCUAGUCGCUAUAUUCUAUUUUUCUCUAUUUAGGUGUUCUAUUGUAUUCAAGUAUCCUUUCUACACCUUGUUUCCUACUUUUACCUUCGUAUUUGAUUAUUUCUUCACAUUUCUUCUUGAUCUUCAUUAUCAGAAUCCUUUUAUGACCUAAUCUAAUUAUCCCGGUAUUCAGUAACGCAUUCAGGCCCCUCUACAGUACACACUACACCUAUUUUCAACCUUUUUUACGUCUCAAUUACCUCCCCCAUUUAACCUCUUCACACAUUCUUUUGAUCUAUUUAGGCUUCCUUUUUUUGCCUUACCUAUUCAUCCACUAAUGCACACGAGCCUCCUCUACCAUACCUCCUUCCGCCUUCUUUUUUAAGCUCUUUGGCCGCUGUGUAUCUAUGUACAUAAGCCUGUAUAAAAAAGAUUCGAUAUAGGUAGCGGGUAGCGAGUAGGCACCAUCAGGGCUGCUCCUAGUCAAUCAUCGCGGCCCUCAUGAAGUGCGCACUGCAGCCUUAGAAACGAGUAAAAAGAUCUUGCCCUUGCUCAGCGUAGAGAGUGGUGAUCUUGUAUUAGUGCUGCUGCUAUUACUAUUACUACUACUGCUACUGAUGCUGCUAAUACUGUUAUUGCAAGUUUAGAGCGUAUACAUUACAUACAUACAUACAUCAAGCGAAUCAACGAGCUCCUCCUCUUCUAUCCUGGGCGUUGGAUGUUUGGUAGCCGAACGCAGCGGAACUUUAGUGAAAUCUCGAUGAAAUGUGAUAAUAAAGCAAUGUCGAGGGUUCGGGUCGCCUCGUGAUGCGUUCGUUCAGAAGUUGGGGGAAGAUCCUUGGCUCGCUAAUAGUAGUAGUACGGUACUCUGCACUUCUGUGUAUGUACUACCUGGGUGUACGAAGAUUGUUAGCAUCGCCGGAUGAUAAUGCCACUGGCCUUUAAAUCUACCAUUCAGUCGAAUAUACAAUGAUUGUAAGAUGGAAAAGACACGUGUUAAGUGUUCUGCGUGUCUACAGUACAAUUUGACAGCAACACGUUAUGAUUACACUUGCUCGUAGUGUGUUCAGCCUCAACCCAGAGGACGUACAUUAUAGUCACGGUCAACAGUUUGCUAACGUGUCGCACUCUUUUUCGGCCACCUUUACUUUUCCACGAUCUUAAGUCCCCUGAUCUGCUGGUAAUCUUCCUAGCGACAACAGAUAGCUUCUAAGGAGAUCGCGGAGCUUAAGACUGAGAGGAAAACUAUAAGCACCGUGGAAUGGAGUACGGUUCGCAUGUUACUUGACUUCCGACCGGGAUGCAGCGCCGAGAACCGUACCAUACCCCCGAAAAAAAAAGUAUCGUUAUAUACCAAACACGACACAAAGGAUGAAGAUACAAAGAAAGUGUGUUGAAAAGUGCACCGUGUCUUGAAGCGUUUGUUUACCUGUACUAUUCUGGCGGUGCUGCUGUGAAGGAAGCGUGACGAGAUGGUUUCCCUUACCGCUGUGUUGUGUCGUGGUUAUCGCAACAUUACGAAGGUUAAAGAAUAAGCAGUUAAAUUAGAAAAUAUCAGUAAUUAUAACAAUAUUGAUAAAAAUAAUAAUCAGCAGGACAAAGGUACGUAAGCUAUAACGAUACAGUUUUAUUUCUAGGGGAAGAGUUGAUAGCAUUUUUGACAACACCAUCAAUACCACUGUGACAGAUCCCACCUCAGCAUCACUUUCCGUUACUCGUGUCACCACCACAUGUAACACCACCAUUUACGUCACCACAACACAUCAUUACAAACACCACCACUACUAUGCUGACACUAUCCCCACCACCACCACUAUACUAACAAUAACAUCACAUCCGACGAACAAUGCUCCUUACAUUUCCACACAUGUCAUCAUCAUCGUCAGCACUAUAAACCCACCAGUAACACCAUCAAUAGUAACAAUAACUAUCACUACCACAAUAACCACACAAUGACAACAUUCACACAAUAAAAGACACGGAUGAUAAUAUACACAUGAUCACCACACACACACACACACACACACACACACACACACACACACACACACACACACACACACACACACACUGCGCGCGCCACCUGGAGCUAUCUUAUAUCUUUACCGCCUCUCGACCUCUCCAGUAUACUCGUAAUAUCGACGCUAAACUAUCUACUACUACUCCGCCUUUAGGAGUGAAGCUGCCGCCGCGCCACCAUACGGACGGCCCGCAAACUAAUCAUGUAAACGAUAUUGAAAAACAAAUGCAUUACGGAGUUAAAUUAAUAGGAAAAUUGCUCGUAUAUAUUGAAAAAAAAGGAAAGAAAUGUGCGAGUUAGAAAGUAAAUGAAUAGAAAAAUGUAUAUGGAGGAAAAUAAAUCUGAGCCGAAUAAAUAUCAGUAUAUAAGAAGAAAAGAUACUAAACAUUUCUAAAUUGCGAAGAAAAAAAAAUAUGUUGCUUUUACGGUUUUCAAUUUCAUAAAAGAGCGGGUGAAAAACAAACCAAUAAAUUGAACGGAUAAAACAAACAAAAUCACAACUUUACUCUAGCAAACUAUUCUCCAGAAAAUAAAAACUAAAAAGAAAAAAAAGUUGGUGAGGUGAAAUAUUUCCUUUAUGGGUGGUGUAUUUCUUAAAAACAACAAUAUUUCACGGUUCUAAAAGUGGGUGUAAAUCCGAGCCCUGUUAAUGACGUCAUAACCUUCACCGGGCAAUUUCCAGAGCGGAUAUUUGCGAGCCACACCCACACACACCCUGAACAUCUGGAGCACCGCCGCCACGCCCACCACAACACCACAUGCUACACCGCGGUGGCUUUUAUCCAAUACCCAUAACAGAUUGACUCAAUACUCAUAACAAAUUGACAAACACAAUGCUCCUUUACACAACAACAGCAGCAACAACAACAACAACAAAAAUUGUAAUAAUAAUAAUGAAAAUGAUAAUAAUAACGUCGAAAACAUAUCUUUCGUUCUUUUAAUGAAUCGGUCGGGCAUAUACUACUACACGCACACGCGCGCGCACACACACACACACACACACACACACACACACACACACACACACACACACAAUGUCCUAGAGGCGUACGUAGAGGUGCCUAAGUAAACAAAUAGAGGGUGUUGAUAACUCGACUUACUUCUGUGACUUAGAGACCAGAAAAUAAGUAAGCAAGAAAACAACGCCUACAGUAACUUUCAGUCAUCGUAAUAACCUACUACUACUACUACUACUACUACUACUACUACUACUACUACUACUACUACUACUACUACUACUACUACUACUACUACUACUACUACUACUGCUGCUGCUGCUACUACUACUACUACUACUACUACUACUACUACUACUCUGUUAUUGAUACUACUACUACUGCUGCUACUACUACUACUACUACUACUUCUGCUAUUGCUACUUCUACUACUGCUACUGCUACUACCAAAGAUUUACUAAUGAUGUUUGUCAAAUUCAUUAUGUAUUGAAAAAAAUAUAAAACCACGUAGUCUCUUAGUGAAGUCCAAAUAAAAGAAUAAACUAUGA